AUGAUAAUUUUAUUCAAAAGUAAUAUAAGACGCCAUUUUGGAAGUUUAAAAAAUGAAUUAGAAAAAUUUGAAAUGUUAUCAAAAAGAUUUGUAAAUAGCAUUGAAAAAUAUAAGAGAGAAAAAAACAUUUCAAUAUCAUCAUAUAUAAAUUAUAAAAAAGAGAUAAAAGAAUGUAUUGGACUUUUAUUUAUUAAUAAUUUAAAUUGUUUGGAAGAAAAAGAUUUUAAGAUGAUAUUUACUUAUAGCAUAUUAUUAUCUAGAAGAAUAUUAAUUCCAAAAGAUCAUAUGAAAAAUGUACUAUUAAGUUACGUCAUAAUGAAAAAAGAAAAUAAAGAAAAAUAUAUAGAUUCUAAUAAAUUGAAUAGUAUACGGAAAGAAAAUGAAGUAAAAGAAUUACUAUUAAUGCUGAAAUUUCUUUUUUAUUUAAAUGUAGAUUUUGAUAAAGUAAUUUAUAAUCAUUUAUAUUCUGAACUAAACAAUGAAAUAGAAUUUUACACAUUAGAAGAAUUAGUGGAAAUAAUAAAAAUAAUAUCAUCUUUUAAAAAUAAAAAAUGGGUUAAUUCUAAAGUGUUUUCUCGGUGUAUAAAUGAAAUUAUAAAAAGAAAUAGUGAGGGAAAGGAGAACAUAUCUAAAUUUUUAGUAACUAUUAUAAAGUCAUGUUCUCGUCUUAAUUAUGAAAUAUAUGAUAUACAAAUUUUACUAGAAACCUUUAGGCAAAAUUAUGAUAAAAAUAGAAAAAGUGAUAUGCACAUAUUAAUAAAAGUCUUAUAUAAUUUAUUUUUAUGCAAUUAUCAUAAUUAUAAAAAUACUAACCAAUUAAUAAAUAUAUUAAAAGAAGAAGUUAUGCAAGUAAAAAAAGAAAAAGAUUACCCAUUAUAUAAAAAAUAUUUGUAUAAUAAUAUAGUUCUUGAUAAUAAUUUAGAUUUUAAUACUCAAUCAUCAAAGAAUGAAUCAGAAAUUAAUAUUUGCAAUGACAAUAUAAAUAAUAUUCAUGAAAUAUACUUUAAAAAGAAAGAACGAGAUAAUGAUAUGUUAUCAAGUAGUACUAUUACAUCAUUAAGUUUAUAUAGACUAAAAUUUUUGGAUCUUUUUAUACGUUCAGAUAACUAUCUCUACAAUUAUUUUUAUUCUUCAAAUUCCCAUUUUUUUGAUUUUAUUAAACAACUAAACUUAGAAAAUAAAAAUAUAAAAGAAACUAUUUUCAGCAAACAAGUUAAAUUUUUUAUAAUAGAAAAUGGGUUUAGAAUAGAACAUAAGUAUGUAAAUAUAUAUCCUAUAACAUUUUUACCAGAUAUCAAAAAUACUUAUGUAGAAUUUGUACAUAAUAUUUUCAUUAAUAAAAAAAUGAAAGAUAGCCCAAAUAGAUUUCAUAAAAACUAUUUAAAUUAUAAAAUUAGACAUAUGAAAUUUUUAGGAUGGGAUGCAGUAAUAUUAUAUGAAUAUGAAUGGAAAAAGUUAAGAAGUUAUAAUGAAAAAUUUGAGUACAUAAAAAAGGCAUUUAAAAGUAUUAAAAGCUCAUCACAAUGA